UCCAUGACCAUAGACCGGAGACACAAGCGCGAAGCAUCCUAACUGUUCAGAUAACGAUUACCAUACAGUCGCAUUUUAAAUUAUUUUUAUUAAGACGGAAGUUUAAGACGGUAUAAUAUAACAACUGCUAACUCUUAAAUUCAUUUAUUUGCAAUAUUUUAUUAGUUUCCCACGGAUUUUACCGUCAGUAAGAUAAAAACUUCUGCGGUUUGAGACAACCGAUAAAUUGUUUCUUUUGAGAGGAUAAAAACAAGCCUACAUACCAUUUAAGAUUCAGAAUGUUUCCAGACUCAAGCACCGGGUACAGCUAUGAGGACUGCCAGGCCACAGCAGAUUGGCUCUUGGCCCAGGCUGCAGUUCGCCCUCAGGUGGCCAUCGUGUGUGGUUCAGGAAUGGGAGGUCUCGCUGAUACACUGAAGGACCAGGUGGCCUUUAACUACAAGGACAUCCCCAACUUCCCGCUGAGCACAGUGCCCGGUCAUGCUGGACGCCUGGUGUUCGGGACACUGAAGGGAAGGCCAUGCGUUUGCAUGCAGGGACGUUUCCACCUGUAUGAGGGAUACCCCGUCCAGAAGAUCACCAAGCCCAUGCGUAUCUUCGCUUUGCUGGGCGUUGAGACGGUCAUCCUGACCAAUGCUGCUGGAGGCCUGAACCAGGACUUCAAGGUGGGAGACAUCAUGAUCAUAAAAGACCAUCUGAACAUAGCCGGCUUCGCUGGCAACCACCCGCUGGUUGGACCUAACGACGAUAGAUUCGGUGUGAGGUUCCCCUGUAUGUCCGAUGCUUACGACAGAGACUUGCAGCAGCUGGCUCUGGAUGUGGGACAGGAUCUGGGCUACGGUGACUUCCUGCGCGAUGGCGUGUACUGUGUCGUGGGCGGGCCCUCUUUUGAGACCAUCGCCGAGUGUCGCAUGCUGCACAAACUGGGAGCUGAUGCUGUUGGAAUGAGCACUGUGCAUGAGACCAUCGUGGCUCGUCACUGUGGAAUGCGCGUGUUCGCACUGUCCCUGAUCACCAACAAGGCCGUGAUGGAGUACGACAGCGAGGAAAAGGCCAACCAUGAAGAAGUCCUGGAGACGAGCCGGGUGCGUGCCAGCCAGCUGGAGAAAUUUGUGUCCAACCUGGUCUCCAGGAUAAAGCCCAGCAAGCUCAGCAACUCCUGAACAAAUGAAUGGAAUCAACCACCAAACCCAUAGAAGUAGAAUUCCUGGAUCAAGAAAUUCCACAAUCAAGUAAAUGGGUUUGAUACAGAAGGAGCAGUGGCGAAACCCUGUUCAAAUGUUUUCUUGAAGAUAUAGACCCUAGUGACCCACAUUUGAAACAACACUGCCUCACAUGAGAGCUGUGUUAAAAUUGGUCAGUUGCUGUACAGGUCUUUUUAUAAAACGGUCUUCCAAUAAUCUAAACCUGAAAAUGUACAUCCCUGCAUUGAGCAGCUCCACAGCCUGUCAACUUUUUAAAUUGAAUUGUUGCCUAUUAGAAAUUCAUAUUUAUUCCUAUUAGAAAUUCAUAUUUAUUCCUAUUAGAAAUUCAUAUUUAUUCCUAUUAGAAAUUCAUAUUAACUUAACUUAAUAUGUAUCUGCAUUUGUACAUGUCUUAAUUUAACUUAGAACCCAAUUUAUUGCACUUUUUAUUGAAGCUGCUGACGUAAAUGAUAGAAUUUUUUAUAUGAAAGUGGUUACUGAAGUUUGUAUUUAUUUUUGUGAUCAAAUCUUCUGCCCAGAAAAGUAGUAACUGUUGUAGUAUUUCAUAUUACAAAAAUCUGUAGUUAAGUUUAACCAUGCUCCAAACCCAAAUUGACAUGCCCUGUUAUUCAUUUUCUGCUCAAUAAAUUUUUUAUUGAAGUUUUGUAAA